AUGGGGAGCUCAGCCGAGGGUCUGUGCCCUCCGAGCUGCGGCACGGGCAGCACCCGUGCCUGGCGAGGCCACGGCACGCUGGGCUCGGUGCUGUCGGCAGAGGCAGAGGCGGCAAAGCUCCCGAGCGGUGCUGGGAGCCGCGGUCGCGGUGCGGUGGCCGGAGCGCCGGCGGAGACGCAGCGCAGCAGGGAAGCGGCGUUUAUUUGCUGCGACAGCUUUGCAACAGAUUCUUUGGCGGAGCUGACUGCAAACUGCAAUCCUAAACUGUCGGACGGCUCCUUUUUCCAGCCUGGGAGUAUCCUGGGCUAUGAGUGUCUGGCUUUGAGGAGCGUCUUCUGGGUACCACCAGAGGGCGUCUCCCUGGGCUCAGCGGCAGGCGGCUGUGGCAAAGGCGGUGCCCUCGGCUCCAGGGAGGAGCCCGAGUUUGUGACCGCUCGCGCUGGCGAGAGCGUGAUCCUGGGAUGCGACGUGAUCCACCCGCUCACGGGGCAGCCCCCUCCCUAUGUCGUGGAGUGGUUCAAGUUCGGCGUCCCCAUCCCCAUCUUCAUCAAGUUUGGGUUUUACCCUCCUCAUGUCGACCCGGAAUAUGCCGCUCCCCCCACCUUCACGGAGACACCGCCGCAGUACGUAGAGGCGAAGGAAGGCAGCAGCGUCACCCUGACCUGCAUGGCGUUCGGGAACCCCAAGCCCAUCGUCACCUGGCUGAAAGAGGGAGAGCUUUUGGGUGCCAACGGCAAGUACCAGGUAGCCAGCAAUGCUGUGGUGGAUCUGAGCCUAAGAAACCUUUUUUUAGGACACCUGUACUGUUGGGGGUGACGCUUUUCUCUCCCUUCUCCAGGACCUCCCUUCAUCGUUUCCCCUCCGGAGAACAUCACGGUCAACAUCUCCCAGGAUGCGCUCUUCACCUGCCAGGCCGAGGCGUACCCCGGGAACCUCACCUACCUGUGGUACUGGGAGGAGGAGAAUGUCUACUUCAAGAACGACCUGAAGUUGCGGGUGCGGAUCCUGAUCGACGGGACGCUGAUCAUAUUCCGCGUCAAGCCAGAGGAUGCUGGAAGAUACAGCUGCAUCCCCAGCAACAGCCUGGGCCCUCGUCCCGCCUCUGCCUCCCUGACAGUGCAGUAUCCUGCCCGCGUGGUGAACAUGCCCCCCGUCAUCUACGUUCCCAUCGGGAUACACGGAUACAUCCGCUGCCCGGUCGAGGCAGAGCCCCCGGUCACGCUGGUGAAGUGGAACAAAGACGGACGUCCCCUGAGAAUCGAGAAGUAUGCUGGCUGGAACCUGCUGGAAGACGGGUCGAUCCGGAUAGAGGAGGCAACCGAAGAUGCUCUCGGCACUUACACCUGUGUGCCUUAUAACGCCCUGGGUACGAUGGGCCAGUCUCCCCCUGCCCGACUGGUACUGAAGGACCCCCCCUAUUUCACGGUGCUACCAGGCUGGGAGGACAGACAGGAUGCCCCGCAACGCGCUUCUGAGUCGUGUUUUUUCUCUCUUUGCCCGGCUGCCCCCCUGACCGUGCCCAAGGUAGGGAAGCCCAGCAGGAGCAAGCACAACACGCUGCCCGGCGGCACCCUGCAGAUCCGCUCCCUCGGCAAGGACGACCACGGCGAGUGGGAGUGCGUCGCCACCAACGUCGUCGCGAGCAUCACUGCCAGCACCCACCUUACCGUCGUAGGCACAAGCCCUCACGCCCCGACCAGCGUGCACGUUGUGGUCGCCAUGACCUCCGCCAACGUCUCCUGGGAGCCCGGCUACGACGGUGGAUACGAGCAGACUUUCUCAGUUUGGAUGAAGAGAGCCCAGUUUGGCCCCCACAACUGGCUGUCUCUCCCUGUGCCAGCUGGGUCCAGUUGGCUACUGGUGGAUACCUUGGAACCGGAGACUGCAUACCAGUUCAGUGUCUUGGCUCAAAACAAGCUGGGCACCAGCUCCUUCAGUGAGGUGGUCACUGUGAACACUCUAGCAUUCCCUGUAACAACUCCAGAGCCUCUGGUGUUGGUUACCCCACCGAGGUGCCUAACAGCCAACCGGACACAGCAAGGAGUCCUCUUGUCGUGGCUUCCUCCCGCUAACCACAGCUUCCCCAUCGACCGCUACAUCAUGGAGUUCCGCGUUGCGGAGAGGUGGGAGGUCUUGGAUGAUGGCAUCCCGGGGACCGACAACGAGUUUUUUGCCAAGGACUUGUCCCAGGACACCUGGUACGAGUUCCGGGUCCUGGCGGUCAUGCAGGAUCUCAUCAGCGAACCCAGCAACGUUGCUGGCGUGUCCAGUACAGACGUAUUCCCUCCGCCUGACCUGACGGAAGAGGGUCUAGCCCGCCCGGUGCUGGCCGGCAUCGUUGCCACCAUCUGCUUCCUGGCUGCUGCCAUCCUCUUCAGCACACUCGCCGCCUGCUUCGUCAACAAGCAACGCAAACGCAAGCUCAAGCGCAAGAAAGACCCUCCUCUCUCGAUAACCCACUGCAGGAAGAGUUUGGAGUCCCCGUUGUCUUCCGGCAAGGUGAGUCCCGAGAGCAUCCGCACGCUCCGUCCCCCCUCGGAGUCCUCCGACGACCAGGGCCCGCAGGCCAAGCGGAUGCUGAGCCCCACCAAGGAGAAGGAGCUCUCCCUUUACAAGAAGACCAAGCGAGCCAUCAGCAGCAAGAAGUACAGCGUCUCCAAGGCGGAGGCCGAAGCCGAGGCCACCACCCCCAUCGAGCUCAUCAGCCGCGGGCCGGACGGCCGCUUCGUCAUGGACCCGGCGGAGAUGGAGCCAUCCCUGAAGACGCGGCGCAUCGAGGGCUUCCCCUUCGUGGAGGAGACGGACAUGUACCCCGAGUUCAGGCAGUCGGACGAGGAGAACGAUGACCCCGUCGUCCCCGCCUCCGUCACCGCUCUGAAAGCCCAGCUCACCCCGCUGUCCUCCAGCCAGGAGUCCUACCUUCAGCCACCAGCAUACAUUCCUCGGGGGCCGCCGCCAUCCUCCCUCCAGGUGGUCCCCGCGUCCUACCCGGGCAUCUUGCCCCUGGAGGCACCAAAGAGCUGGACCACCAAGUCGCCCGGCGGGGUCCAAGCCCCCGUGCCCACCACCGCCAAGAAGCAGGACAAACCUAUGCAACCCAUGGGAUGUCAAGGGCAGCUAAGACAUACCAGCCAAGGUAUGGGCAUACCCGUGUUGCCUUACCACGAACCGUCCGAGCCCGUCGGCCCCAGCGGCACAAGCACAUUCAGCCUGGACACCAGGUGGUACGAGCCCCAACCCCGACCUCGGCCCAGCCCUCGGCAGGUCAGGAGGGCUGAGCCCAGUUUACAUCAGGUGGUGCUACAACCUUCGAGGCUUUCUCCUCUGACCCAAAGCCCCCUCAGCUCCCGCAACAGCUCCCCAGAGCUGAUCUCGGCAAGAAAACCCAGCUCCCAGCCGCUCGGUGGCAAGGAGCGGGCUCUCCCGUACCGUUACGUUUCUGUUGUCGCUUACAGCAGGGGCCUGGGAACGAGAAAACAUCCAUCUCCGUCCGGGGACGCUGCUGCACCUGAGAGGCUCGAAGCUCUGAAAUACCAGCGGAUAAAGAAGCCCAAAAAGUCAUCCAAGGGCUCCUCGAAAUCCAGAAAACAAUCCAGUGAGUGCGAGGACCCCGCCGUCCCCGACAGCAUCCCCUCUGUCCCCCCGCGGGCAGAGCUCGGGCAGAGCGUGGCUGCCCGAGCCUGGCUGAGGCUGACACACGGCAAGACCUCGGCCGCCGACUUCGCGAAUCGCUCGGGGACUCUGGUGUCACCCCCCAGCCUGCAGACAGCUGCAGCAUCUUUCGUCUUGCAGCUGGAAGGCGCGUGCGGGAAGCCCGUCCCCGGCUUUUGCACGUGGGGCUGCUGCACAGCCCGGCUGGACUAG